AUGGAGGAGUCAGGAGGCAACAGAAACAGUCAGCAUUACCUCUGUGGUCCAGAGCAGAACAUUCACAAGAUCGACUUCACCAGGUUCAAAAUCCAAGACAUGGAGACCAGCACAGUUCUUUUUGAGAUCACCAAACCCCCUACCACAGAGAGUGUGGAGGAUAGAGAGCACUUCGACCCUAAUGCUGGACGCUUCGUUCGCUAUCAGUUUACCCCCGCCUUCUUCCGACUAUGCCAGGUUGUGCUUGAAAUGAUCCUUCACCCCUAUGAGACUCAGUCUGACAGCUUUUACUUCGUGGACAACAAGCUCGUAAUUCACAAUAAGGCAGAUUAUUCCUAUAACGGUGGACCGUAAGAAGUCUUAUGGACUUGUAUGGAGUUACAAUGGACUGGGUGCAGUAACACCUACUGAAAGUGGCUUCUAGCCUUCUAAUCUUUAAUGUGAUGGUGCAUUUGGUAAAAAAUUAAAAUCACCCCAAUCUCAGGAUGUGUGUGUGUAUUAAAGAGAGAAUGUUAAUCUCACAAAAGGUAUAUACUAAGCGCACAUUUCGUGCACUGAUUUUCUUAUUUCAAAAUCAUUUAAAAAAUAUUUAAUAAUCCACUUAUUACAUAUUUUUUUCUCACUGAGUAUGUGGGCGUGCCUGUGCACAUGUGCAUUAAUAGCAUGCAUGACAAAUGCUUAAAUCUUUUUCUUUUUUUUUGAACACCCAAAGCCAAAUAAUUUUACAGUGUGACACCCAGGAGUUCCUCUGAAACUCUUUUUACAUGCACUUCAUGAAUUAAACUUCUGUUUGAAAGUUUUCAUGUAUAGACAUACAGUUUUUAAGACUUCAUAUGCUGAUUGCCCGUACAGUGUCUAAAGUCAUCUUACUUUAGUUCAUAAUUAUUCAGAUGUGUUUUGUCCCUUAUUGUUCAUUGAUUGAUAGCUUCCCCAUAUGCUUACAAAUGAAGUAUUUAACAUGGAGUACUUUGCUAAUAACGGAAGACUUAUGGCUUAUGAUCUGAUUCUGUGUUGAAAGACACAAGGCCUCUAAAUGCAUAAAAGAGGAUCAUAUGCUGUAGAGUCAGAAGGAGGUACAUGGCGCUUUUCAGUGUUUUGUAACUUUUUAAAAGGUUUAGACUGGAGCUGAAUGAACUGUGCACUGGAAUAAUUCAUUUAGAGUCACUUUCCUUUGGUCUUUAGGAAGGAGGCCGCACUUCUAUCACUUUCAGUUUUGAAUCUAUGAUGAUGUCAAUUUGUGUUAUUUACUGUAUAUUAUCAUCAUGUUAUUUAUAUUUACAUACAUUCUGUUUAUUUUUAUUAGCACUUUUUGUCAAAAAAUGUAUA